AGAGGCAAAAUGGCGAAGAAGGGUGAUCUGAUCGACAUGGGCUCUUUAAAUGGACCGCUAGAUUCUAUUGGAGCGAGAAAGACACACCAAUUGGCGAUCACAAGAAAUUACAUUACACAGCCCAGGUUAACAUACAAGACAGUAUCUGGUGUGAACGGCCCAUUGGUUAUCUUGGACGACGUCAAGUUCCCCAAGUUUGCAGAAAUUGUGAAGCUUACCUUGGCAGAUGGCAGCGUCAGGAGUGGACAGGUCUUGGAAGUCAGCGGUUCCAAGGCUGUUGUACAGGUGUUUGAAGGGACACCAGGGAUUGAUGCCAAGCACACAGUGUGUGAGUUCACUGGCGAUAUCCUGAGGAUGCCAGUAUCAGAAGACAUGUUGGGUCGUGUAUUCAAUGGCUCAGGGACUGCUAUUGACAAGGGACCACCAGUGCUGGCUGAAGACUUCUUAGAUAUUCAAGGUCAACCCAUCAACCCCUGGUCCAGGAUCUACCCUGAGGAGAUGAUUCAGACUGGUAUAUCUGCUAUAGACACCAUGAACAGUAUUGCUAGAGGACAGAAAAUCCCCAUCUUCUCAGCAGCUGGUUUGCCGCAUAAUGAAAUUGCUGCUCAGAUUUGUAGGCAGGGUGGUUUGGUCAAGCUGCCGGGGAAGAGCGUACUGGAUGACCAUGACGACAACUUUGCCAUUGUCUUUGCUGCUAUGGGUGUGAACAUGGAGACAGCCCGAUUCUUCAAACAGGAUUUUGAAGAGAACGGCUCCAUGGAGAAUGUGUGCCUCUUCCUCAACUUGGCUAAUGACCCCACGAUUGAGCGUAUUAUCACGCCCCGUAUUGCACUGACCACUGCCGAGUUUCUGGCUUACCAGUGUGAAAAACACGUGCUAGUCAUCCUUACUGAUAUGAGCUCCUACGCUGAGGCCUUGAGAGAAGUAUCAGCUGCCCGAGAGGAAGUACCCGGUCGCCGUGGUUUUCCAGGUUACAUGUACACCGAUUUAGCCACUAUAUACGAGAGAGCAGGUCGUGUAGAAGGCCGCAAUGGCUCCAUCACACAGAUUCCAAUUCUCACCAUGCCCAAUGACGAUAUUACCCAUCCCAUCCCUGAUUUGACAGGUUACAUCACUGAGGGUCAGAUCUAUGUGGACAGACAGCUUCAUAACAGACAGAUUUACCCUCCAAUCAACGUGCUGCCGUCUCUGUCAAGAUUGAUGAAGUCUGCUAUUGGUGAAGGCAUGACAAGGGAAGACCACUCUGAUGUGUCAAACCAACUGUAUGCCUGCUAUGCCAUUGGUAAGGAUGUCCAGGCCAUGAAAGCCGUGGUGGGAGAAGAGGCCCUCACACCAGAGGAUUUACUCUACCUUGAAUUUUUGACCAAAUUUGAGAAAAACUUCAUUUCUCAAGGGCAUUACGAGAAUCGAACAAUCUUCGAGUCUUUAGACAUUGGCUGGCAACUGCUACGAAUUUUCCCGAAAGAAAUGUUGAAACGAAUUCCCCAGAGCACGCUUGCCAAAUACUACCCACGUGAUUCUCGUCAGCUGACCACACUGUAGACCGGGAAGAUUUUAGUUCAGGAAGACUUUAAUACGAAGCCCACUCCUGACUUCACACUGUACCAUACAUGUACAUUAGACCUUUCUGGCAUGUUAAUAAUCUGUGUGUAUAGGCUGCCGGAUUAGACACAUCUCAGUAGUUAGAAAAGUAAAGGAAGUACACAGGCAACUAUUUAAGUCAACAAGGUAUUACUGAUAUGUUCCUCCGAGUUUUUAAGACUGGAGAGUGAUAUGAAUUCAUUUUGAUAUUAUUAGUAAUGUUAGUAUUUGUGUCUAUUACCUCCUCAGUAAAAUGCAGUUGUAAAAAAACAAAAUGACAAAAGAUGUGAGUUAUUUCAAAACAACCUGCAGGUGCAUGUGUUGAGCAUAAUUAUUUGUGUCAAUAGAGAACUGUAUUGCCUGCACUUCUGUACGGUCAGUUGUUCAACUCUUUAGUGUCUGCUUCAUAUCAUUUACUUGGGACCUUCUCUGUUUGUUCGGAUUUACUAACCAUUCCAUAUAUGCCUAAAAAAUAAGUGAAGAAGUGCGGAAAAGCGAAAUAUUAAUAUGACUGAUGUAUUUAUUUAUUUGAUUUGUCUGUACAGAAUUAAAUUUGAUAUUUGUGUUAAUUGUUGCUGUAUGAAAGCGUUGUAGAAUCAUCAGACUCAUUUCACAUGUGUGUUUUUUUUCUUCUUUUGUCAUUUUGCUCUGCUCAGUUUAAAAAACGAUUUUGCGUAUUUGUUAAAAUUUUGUGAUUAUUGGCUUUUCUGUUGUGGACAUUAACACCAGUGCUGUUGAUGAAUGUGUAGGUGCUAAACUGGGACUAGCCACAUACUACUUACUGCAGACUGUUGUAAGAACAUGCGUAUUGGUAACAAUCCCAUGUUUGAAAUGCAAUUACCAAUUUGUUGGAAUUUGAUACAGUGUUGUCAUGCUCUCAACAGCCUGGAUUUCUCAGUUAACAAUAUCCCAGAGUCUGUUUUGCAAAUCAUACAUUUGAUAGUAAAGUGCCAUAUUGUUUCACAUAUAAAUGAAAUCUGGAUAGGGAACGGAAAAAGUCUUUGGGGGUCGUAGUACCAAUUUACCCACCUACAAUGAUUUAUGCGUGUAUUUGUAAUUUUAUCAUUAUAAUACAACAUUUUGCGUUAGUAAUUUCUAUGUGAAGAAUACACAAGGCUUACAUAUACAAAGAGAAGUAAUUUCAAUAUCUAGAUCUGCAAUACUUGUGCAAUAUGAAAAACAAGAUUCUGUAUUUUAAAGGAACUUUGGCAGGUGCAUUAUAUUAAAACAAAAAUAUCAGUUUCCAUGGCCCUGUUUCAGAAAACUGGUUGGGACUAGUUUCACAAAUCGUCAUAAAACGUUUUUCAUAAUUUUUCUAACAAAUCCUGUCGAGGGUGUUAUAUCCUACAAACAUGAUUUACAAAAAAUUAUGUAAAAUAUGACUUGUGAAGUUUUGUAUUCUUUGUAAUUGUGAAAGCACCUUAUUCUGCAGCCAUUCCACAGUCAAUAGCUUUCAAAGUAUCACACCACAAAGUCACUUAAUAAUAUGUACAAGUAUGUUUCUUUAUCUCAAUCCGAUACAGUAUAUGAGGUGUUCAGCCAUCCAAUGGUAGGUAAAUUCAAAUGAGAAAUGUAAUUAAUGUAUAAUCAAAAUAAAACAAUAGGCCGUGUUUAUGAGAAGACCGAGUUUAGGUCUAAGUCUGCAUUGAAUGUGUGAAGAGGUAUAUUAUUAGCUAGAACUGCUGACUUUACCCUGUCCUGUUCAAAGAUUUCAUCGGUUCUGCAGAGUUACCUCCCUCAUAUCCUCUCCUAUUAUCCAGGACAUAGUUGUACUGUUAUGAGUCAGAGGAAAAAAAAAAAAAAUAAAGAUUGACAUGUU